CAGCAACAAAGUAUAAGGACGUCUGAUUCACGGCGGCUAAACGGGUUCGCUGGGCUUUUUGAAAGGGAGUCUGACAGUAACGCCGUGCACUAGACUUCUGCGGGAAAUGCCUUGACUGCCACCGCGGGAAGCUCCGCUGGCUCUUGACUUGUCCAGUGCUAAAAUACAUUUAAUGAAACAGUGGCAGAGACAAAGCCAGAGGUGCCCUGAAACAUCGGGGAUAAACCCAAGCAUCUAGGACUCCAUGGCCACCAAAGGAGACCAGCAGCAGCGGGGUCUGCGGUCCCGAAGAGGCCUUGGCAGGGAUACAGAGCAGGGCAUGGACAUAGAAGCAGCCUGCUGGCUGGCUCCAGGUGUGCUCCGCAGGUUGAUUGAACUGCCCUCACCCCCACUUUCCCGACACCAGCUCAAGAGACUUGAGGAACACAGGUACAGCAGUGCUGGUUGCUCCUUGCUAGAGCCUCUGAUGCAGCGAUACUGGGAGUGGCUGGUGGGAUUUGUCCCUGACUGGAUUGCCCCCAAUCUCAUUACCAUUUUUGGUUUGGCCACCAAUAUCUUCACCACCCUGGUGCUGGUUUACUACUGCCCAACUGCCACUGAACAGGCCCCCUUGUGGACAUACUUGCUGUGCGCAGUGGGGCUGUUUGUGUACCAGUCACUGGAUGCCAUUGAUGGAAAGCAGGCAAGACGUACCAAUAGCAGCUCCCCGCUGGGUGAGCUGUUUGACCAUGGGUGUGACUCACUCUCCACAGUUUUUGUAGUUCUGGGCACCAGUAUAGCAGUUCAGCUGGGCACUAACCCUGACUGGAUGUUCUUCUGCUGUUUUGCUGGCAUGUUCAUGUUCUACUGUGCCCACUGGCAGACCUACGUGUCAGGCACCCUGCGCUUCGGCAUCAUUGAUGUGACUGAGGUGCAAAUCUUCAUUAUGGUCAUGUAUUUACUGGCUGCCAUGGGGGGAUCCACUUUUUGGCAAUCACUGAUUCCUAUUCUAAAUAUCCAAAUGAAAAUGAUUCCUGCUAUCUGCACGUUUGUGGGUGCCAUCUUUUCCUGUACCAAUUACUUCAGGGUUAUUUUUACGGGGGGUGUGGGAAAAAAUGGAUCCACAAUAGCAGGAACCAGUGUCUUAUCGCCCAUAUUGCAUAUUGGCUCAGUUAUCGUGUUGGCUAUGAUGAUAUACAAGAAAUCUGCUGUCCAGCUAUUUGAGAAACAUCCCUGUCUUUAUAUACUGGCGUUUGGCUUUGUUUCAGCCAAAAUUACCAAUAAAUUAGUUGUGGCGCACAUGACAAAAAGUGAGAUGAAUCUUCAUGAUUUAGCAUUCCUUGGACCAGGGCUCCUCUUCCUGGAUCAGUAUUUUAACAGCUUUGUUGACGAGUACCUGGUGCUAUGGAUUGCCUUGGUAAUUUCCUUUUGUGAUUUAGCUCGUUACUGUGUCAGUGUUUGCAAUCAGAUUGCCUCCCAUCUUCACAUCUCCGUCUUCAAAAUCAAGCCUUCAACCCUCUCCACUCGGCAGUGACGAUACAGUGCUAAAUCUGUCCCUUCUUGUUUCCUCUUUGUCAGUUUUUACCUUUAUUUGCCAUUAUUUUCUAUGUGCAGAAGUGUGGUGUACUGUGGUUUCACCACAGAUAAAGGCUUUUGAAGUGAAUGUCAAGGCAAGUAAUGUACAUAUGUCAUCUUGCACCAUGGAUACAGCUUCUUCAUUAUGAUAAACUCCAAGAGGUGAACCA